CUCAUGCAUAUUCAUCGCUUUUGGCUGAGUCAAAGCUUUUAGGCGAGUUUGUGUAGAUCUCCGGCAUCCUGCGUGGACUUUUCCAAAGGGACCCACUACUCCAUUUUUUUUCUUAUGAAUGGGAAGUGAAAAGCCCCGCCGGGCCUCUUAAAGUGGGGGGCCCCGCAGACGCCGCCGCAGACGCCCCCCCCCCCCAAGAAGGCAGGGGGAAGAAGCGACAGGGAGAGAAAGAGAGAGAGAGAGAGCGCGCCAGCCCAGCCAGCCAGCCCGCGAGCACCGAGCCAUCCAGCCGGCCGUCCAGCGCAGGGCCAGGGCGCGCAAUGACCAUGACCACCAUGCCUGAGAGUCUAAACAGCCCCGUCUCGGGCAAGGCGGUCUUUAUGGAGUUCGGGCCGCCCGGGCAGCAGAUGCCCCCCUCGCCCAUGUCCCACGGACACUACUCCAUGCACUGUUUGCACUCGGCCGGCCACUCGCAGCCGGACGCCUCCUACAGCGCCGCCUCGUCCUUCUCCAGACCGCUGGGCUACCCCUAUGUCGGCUCGGUGGGCGGCCACGCCGGCAACCCUUACAUGAGCUCAGUGCAGUCCUACCCCAACAGCAGCAGCCUGGCCCAGACCCGGUUAGAGGAGACAGGGCCCGAGGCCGAGAAGAGCACGGUGGUGGAAGGCGGCGAGGUGCGCUUCAACGGCAAAGGCAAGAAGAUCCGCAAGCCGCGCACCAUCUACUCCAGCCUGCAGCUCCAGGCUCUGAACCGGCGCUUCCAGCAGACGCAGUACCUGGCCUUGCCCGAGAGAGCGGAGCUGGCCGCCUCCUUGGGGCUCACCCAGACCCAGGUCAAGAUCUGGUUCCAGAACAAGCGCUCCAAGUUCAAGAAGCUGAUGAAGCAAGGCGGGGCGGCCUUGGAGAGCGGCGCCCUGGCCAAUGGCCGCUCGCUGUCUGCCGGCUCCCCGCCGGGGCCCCCGGUCUGGAACGCCACCUCGUCGUCGGCCAAGGGCUCGACGGCCGCGCCGGGCGCCUACAUCCCCAGCUACACGUCGUGGUACCCGUCGGCUCACCAGGAGACUCUGCAGCAGCCGCAGCUGAUGUGACGCGCCGCCAGCUGGCUGGGGGGCUGCCACCCCCCGCGCCCUUCGCGCUCGCCCGCUUGGGCUCUGGCCCCUUUUGAAGGCCGCGGCCCGGUUGACUCGGCCAGCCCCGAGCCCCGACGGCCGCCGCGGCAGGACGCAGGGCCACGGCUCGAGCCCGGGGCCAGGCGGCGCGCAGGAGCCUCCCCCGACGGCGCCCGGGCCAGAGAAGCACAGAUGCGAUGCGGGGCUGGUUCCCACUGCGGACAGCUGACGGAGCAGCCCCUCGACCAGCCGGACGACAGCCUGCCAGCGGCGCGAGCUGAGCCCACCCUCGGCUGGGCUGGACGGGGCGAAAACAAAACAACCACGACAAAAACAGAGAGAGAAACAGUUGUUUGUGCGGGAAACACAACCGGUGUCCUCUGUCUUGUCCGUCCGUCUCUCCUGUCUUGUCCUGAUGUCCCCCUUUCUCCCAAAACGCGGCCUCGGACAGAGAAACCCCCCCUCCGCCUUCUGGCCCCCUCCCCGUUUUGGGUUUUCUAUACUUUGUGUCUUCACGUGUCUCUUGUGCUCCUCGGUGUGUACCUUUUUUCUUUCCGUCGACGGGAAAAGGGGGCUUCUUAUGUUUGUUUUCGUUUAACUUAUUAUUAUUUAUUGACAAACGACCACUAUGAGAGUGCUAUUUUUUUCUUCUAAAGAAUAAACCCACGAGCAGAGGGGGAGAAUGUAACGCUGCUCGCUUCGGGUUGGGGCAUGCCACGCGCCGGGUUCCCCGCGGCCGGUUCCGACCAGGCGCAGGAGGAGAUCCGAUUUCGCGCCCGCGUUUCCACCGCGAAACUGAAGCGACUGCGACUUGUCCACGGCUCACCUGAAGGCGGAUCUCGACGAUCCUCUCGCUCUCCAAUGUUUUGGGAUGGGGGGGGGGGGAGAGAAGGAAGAGAGGUAGACCAAGUCGUUGAGCGCCUGACUUGGAACAAAGCGCCCAGAUGAUCUACUUGUGGGUCCGCCGCCCCUACCCGGAGCCAGAGGAAUCCGAGAGCAGGGGAGAAGAGUCGCCGCCGAUCCGGCUCCAAUUCAGCUUUAAAACCCAAUUUCUUGAACCCCCUCCCCCGCCUUUUCAAAAUAUUGCCAAUGUGAAAUCUGCCCGCACCGAUUCCCACGUGCCGGCCCUGAUCGCUGUACAUAAUUUCUUAAUGAAUAAUAUUGUUCUGUAAACAUGUUGCACAAUUUUUUUUUAGCUUUUUAAAACGGAUUGGGGUGGAAACUGUGUCGGGUUUCCUCCUCUCCCCCCCCUCCCCUAACCUUUGUUUUUAUUUUAUUUUUUUAAUUUUAAUUUUCGGUGUGGCAGUAAUACCUGAGGCUUUUUGUGGAAACUGAGUUUUUUUUAUUUGUGACAAAUUAAAAGGAAAAGAAAAAAAAACA